UCGAGCUACACUUGUUUCAGAUUUUUGACAUAAAUUAAAUGGGUCACUGUUUGAUAAACAAUUUAGUCUCCUGUCUGCUCUACUUAAUAUUUAUAGUCUAAACUAGAAAUUCUUACUUUUUAAGUAGCACAUGCAGCCUCUUAUUAAAACUCCUAAGUGUGAAAACAAAAUUUCCCAUUACGGAACUUCCCAUUUACGAUAUCUUCUCAUUUGAAUUGCUGUUUUUUUUGAAAUAUUUUAUUUUGCCCGACUGCUUGUUUUAGCGACUCGUACACUUCAUUUUAACUUAUUGGUUUCAAUGAACUAAAAGUUUCCUUUCAAAAAAUGGCGUACACUUUCACAUGAAAAAAACUUUACUGUGUAAAACUAACCAACAGUUGGUAAUUAUGUCGAAUCGUCUCGUUAGUUAGUCCAAUUGGUGGUACUUGAGUAUGUAACUAUUUUGAAGCAUUUGGUUUUUGGUUGUUCCCGCCCAACUUUAUUCAUUUUACUUUCAAACUUUUCUUCAGAAAUCUUUGGAAAAAAUCAGUUUGCCACAGAGCAAACAUGUGAAUUUAAUUUCCAAAACUUUCAAUUGGAAGCUUUUAUUGAACAGAGCAGAAGGUUUGAAAGGCAGAAGUUUUCUUAAUGUGUUUAAUUAUUUUGAAAAGGCUGUCUAUUGUAGAGUUCGUUCACAAACUUGGUUGAAUUUGUUAGCUUAUCGAUAUUCUUUUUGCUGAUCCAUCCUAAAGAGGAGUGUGUAGUUGGUCUGUUCUGUUCUGUUGGUGUGAGUUGUGCAUGAAGGAGACUCUGUUUGGUGGGCGGAGGGGGAUGAUGUGGAAGGAGCACUCUUCUGCGCAGAAGAGGAGUCUGUGUGUGCUCACAGUUCUCCGUCUGGUCUGUUCCCUCUGCAUCCUCUGGCAGUUCGCCCGCUUCACCCUCAACAACUUCCUCGAGUACAACCAGCGCCCCACCAGCACCAUGUACUAUUACUCCACCCAGGAGGGCACCAGAUACCCCGACCUCAUCCUCUGCAACUCCGUCCAGCACGACAAACUCAAACUGGCCCACAGCGACAACUGGUCCUUCCUGCCCCUCAUGGACCAGGAUGUGUUCACACUCCUCUCUCACAAACUGGGCAAUCCUGCCCAUUACGAGCCCCUGAACAAGAGCUACUACGUGUUGGGUCUGGACGAGUCUUUAGAGGACAACCGACUCAACUUUUUUGUGGAGAGGAGGUUCGACCUGCCCCUUCUGCUGGAGGCCACCAUGGGAUCCCUCUCAAGCACAGACACACAGCUAGAUGACUUCAUAGUGGAGUGUUGGUUUGAGGACAAGAACUGUUCAGACUGGUUCGAGCCCUUCCCCACCCUCUCCUUCGGCACCUGUCUCAACCUCACCCAGCCACCCCCCUCCCGCAGCGAGGAGGAGUAUCACCCGGUGGGGAAACUGCAGAUGGGCUACCAUGUCACCUUCUUCCGAAACCCCCUCAGAGCCAGUGGGAUUGUGGAGCCGGUGGGGGGCGUGUGGGUGACAGUGUCUGACCAGAACUACCUCAUGGUUCCCGAGGUCCACUCCUGGACCAUCCCCUGGGGCCAGGGCAUGGAACUGAGUCUGCAGAGGCGCGAAUACUUCAGAGUGAAAAACUGCACGAGCGAGAGAAGUGAGUCGGAGGACCUGUGCAGCUUCAUGUGUUUGGACGAGGUGUUCCUGGACAACUGCCAGUGCACAUUCUCCCCCUACGGCAAACACACUCACAGGUGCUCGGCCAAGGAGUCCGAGAAGUGCAUUCCCAAGGUCGCCCAAAACUUCGACAACUUCAUCAACUGCAAGCGGGGCUGCAAAACACCCUGCGACUGGAAAGGGUACACGGGUCAAAGGUCAAAUAUGAACUUCCCCUCUGACUCCUUUACACCCUACCUACUCAUGGACAUUCUGGACAACAAAGCUGACUCUGCCACUGCCAGAUCCCUGCGUCUUUACCUGGAGUGGUGGAAACAGUUCACAGCUGGAUCCAACAUCACCUACGAACUCUCCACUUUCAUGAUGCUGCAAAACAUCCGACGCAACUUUGCAUACAUUCACAUAUACAUGGGCAAAAACAAAGAGGUGAUGCGCGAAGAAUACAUCAUUUCGUUCUGGACCAUUUUUUCCAACAUUGGUGGAAACGUCGGCAUUUGGCUGGGCCUGAGUGCGUUCAACGUAUUGGACAUCGUUUACUCGUAUUUGAAAGAAUGCAUUAUUGGCCGAAACGGGAAACAAGCCGAAAAGGAGCGCAAGCGCAACACAAGCGUGCGAAAAGAUGUCGCAGGCGUGACAAUUGGGAAGAAAGAAAGAAGCAGGAGCAGACAUGUGUUUAAGCAGACAGACCACUACGAGAACGAUUAUCGGCUAGCGAGUUUUAUCUCAAUUGAUACGGAUGGGCCAAACAAAUCAGCCGCCACUGAAUCUAAUGGUGUAGGGGUGCAGAUAGCUGAUUUUACUAAUGAAAGAAUCCGCAGCAGCGAAGUGUGCGAAAUAACGGAAAUAAAAAUCAAGAAAUCCAGAACUGAGAAAAGUCCUAUCCCCAGUGGCUUUCACAGUUGUGUAUGAGACAUUUUUGCUGGAGCCAAUUAGUUUUAUAUGACACAUUCUUUUCCCCAACAAACUGCUUGGCAUGAUAAGAAACGUUUUACCAAGCUCAUCAGACCCGUUUAAUUCUUUGAUGUAAAAAUCUGAUGGGCAAAAUGAACUUUGACGGAACUAUAUGAUUUAAUUGGGCCAAUCAGUAUAAAAUUGCUCAUAUGGAAUCCACGGAACUUAUAAUUUAAA